GGCCGGUGCCGGGUCGGGGCGUGCCCGGUGGGGCCAUGGCGGGCACGGCCGGCUGAGGGAGACCGGGGGCACCGGGCGCUCCGAGCCGGCCGUGGGGCCACAAACCGGGUCCUCCGCCGCGAGCCAUGGCGGCGGCGGCGGGUUCCAACUGGGGCCUGAUCAUGAACGUGGUGAACAGCAUCGUGGGGGUGAGCGUGCUCACCGUGCCCUUCUGCUUCCGACAGUGUGGGAUCCUCCUGGGAGCCGUGCUGCUGAUCUUCUGCUCGUGGAUGACUCACCAGUCCUGCAUGUUCCUGGUGAAGUCGGCCAACCUCAGCAAGCGCAGGACCUACCCCGGCCUCGCAUUUCAUGCCUAUGGAAAAGCAGGAAAAAUGUUGGUGGAAACAAGCAUGAUUGGGCUGAUGCUGGGCACUUGCAUCGCUUUCUACGUCGUCAUCGGCGAUUUGGGCUCCAACUUCUUUGCCCAGAUGCUCGGAUUCCAGGUGUCGGGCCCGUUCCGCAUUGUCCUGCUCUUCGCAGUCUCCCUGUGCAUUGUCCUUCCCCUGAGCCUCCAGAGGAACAUGAUGGCCUCCAUCCAGUCCUUCAGUGCCAUGGCUCUCAUCUUCUACAGCGUCUUCAUGUUUGUGGUUGUGGUGUCCUCCUUCAAUCACGGGCUCUUCAGCGGGCAGUGGCUGCAGCGAGUGAGUUACAUGCGCUGGGAGGGCAUUUUCCGCUGCAUCCCCAUCUUUGGAAUGUCUUUUGCCUGUCAGUCUCAGGUCUUGCCUACUUACGACAGCUUGGAUGAGCCGUCUGUCAAAAUCAUGAGCUCCAUAUUUGCUUCUUCCCUAAACGUGGUCACCACCUUUUACAUCAUGGUGGGCUUCUUUGGCUACGUGAGUUACACCGAGGCCAUUGCUGGGAACGUCCUGAUGAACUUCCCUUCCAACGUGGUGACGGAGAUGAUCCGAGUGGGAUUCAUGAUGUCGGUGGCAGUGGGGUUCCCCAUGAUGAUCCUGCCCUGCAGACAGGCACUGAACACCCUGCUCUUUGAGCAGCAGCAGAAGGACGGCACCUUCGCUGCCGGGGGCUACAUGCCCCCGCUCCGGUUCAAAGCCCUGACGCUGGCUGUUGUGUUUGGAACCAUGGUCGGAGGCAUCAUGAUCCCGAAUGUGGAAACAGUCCUGGGCCUGACAGGUGCAACCAUGGGAAGCCUCAUUUGUUUCAUCUGCCCAGCUCUUAUUUACAAGAAGAUCCACAAGAAUGCGCUUUGUUCACAGAUUAUCCUGUGGAUUGGGCUGGGAAUGCUGGUGAUCAGCACCUACACCACCCUGUCUGCCACCGAGGACACUCCUGUGAGGACGGAAGCAGUGGGCUUGGAGCACCUGGACAGAGAGGAGAACAGAAUUGACCAGGAUUCAGUCAAACUUCCAGAGCAGAACCCGGUGGUGGAGGAGCCCGAGGAUGACCGUGACAAACCCAAAGUGCCCGAGAAGGAGGAGAUGGAGCAGCCACAGAUCAAGGUGCCUGUGCAGGUCCCCAAGAGGGAGGAGGAGAGAGGAAAGGUGGAAGAGCAAGUGCAGCUGGACCGUCCUGAUCAAGGGAUUGCCCUGCCCGUGGGGGAGGCUCAUCGCCACGAGCCCCCAGUCCCACAUGAUGAGGUGGUCGUGGACAUGGGGCGGGAGCGGGAGGAAUCCAGCGAGAAGAAAGCGGCUCCCGGAGGAGCCAACGACCGUCUGCUGGAGGAGCCAGCCCGGCUGAAGCCCCAGAAGGAGGCACUGGACCCAAAACAAGGGAAGGAAGUGGUUGUCGAGAACCAGCAGCGGGGAGGGACUGAUGGGCCCGUCCCAAAUCUGGAGAAGGUCCCAGAGGCAGCGGUGCAGCAGGGGGGAAGGCCACCCUACAAGGAUCUGGAGCCAGGGGAAGCCAAGCUGGAAGCCAAGGCACAGAUGGCCGUGCUGGAUGGUGACCCUGCCGAGGCUGCUGAGCGGGACAAGUCACAGCUCCAGCUCCCCAGGAAAGCAGAGGAGGCUGCAAAGUUGGAGGAGAAGGAAGCAGACCCUGGUGAAAAGCAGGAGCUGCCCCUCCCGGGGAGAGCAGAACUGCUGGAGAACCAGAACGCUGAGGAGAAACAGGAGAAGGCAGGGGAAGCAGGGCCAGCAAAACUGCUGGACCACAACAUGCUGCUGCAGGUGAUCAAGGAGCAGCAGGUGCAGCACAAGCAGCUCCUGGACCAGCAGGCAAAGCUGCUGGCAGUGAUCGAGGAGCAGCACAAGGAGAUCCACCAGCAGCGGCAGGAGGAGGGGGCAGAGGAGAAGCCAAAGCCAGCAGAAGCACAGCCGGAGCCUGCCGUGCCCCUGUCCAGGAGCAGAGAGGACGAGGGCCUCGGAGCCAAGGGAGACACGGCCGGGAAGGCUCUGAGCAAGGAGCAGCUGGCACAGCACCCGGGCCAGCAGCCCCCCGAUGCCACCAAGCAGCACAGGGACAUCGUGGGGAAGCUGGAAGAGGCCGGGCAGAGGCGUGACAUUCCUGUGGCUGCUCCCAAGGAGUGGAAGGUGCCACUGCAAGAGGAUGACAGAGCUGUUAAGAAUCCUGUGGAGAACCGGGAUCCCCUCCACGGGGAUGCCCAGCGUGUUCCAGCAGCCAGAAACCACCUGGAGAAAAAGGCCUUGGCGGAGGAUUUGGGAGGAGAACAGGAAGCCAAAGCUGGAAGAGAUGUCCACCAGAAGAAGAAUUUCCUGAAAGCCGGGGAAGCAGCUACAGCUCCCAUCCAAAGAGAACAGCCGGGGGCUGCCAAAGUUCAGGGAGUAGCAGGAAAGAGUUUGGAAAGAGACUCAGCAACAGCCCUUAAAGCCAAAACUCUGAGUCAGGUGGAGCCCAAGGAUCUGGCAGUGGUGCCGGACUCUUCCAGUAACAGGAAUGUGGCAGUGAGGGAGCAGCACCCCCGGGAGAGGGAGUGGCAGAGAGGGGCGCAGGCCGAGGGAGCGGGCGGGCAGCAGCGGGACCCGCCUGGCCUCGGGCACAGGAAGGAGGAGGAUCCUCGGGAGGAGCUGGGGGGCCGGCAGGGCCGUGGGGGUGGGGGUCCCUCCAACGGUGCCGACAGGAAAGCCGGCCCUCAGGAUGCUCCAGCAGGGAAGGCUGAGAACGGAGCGGCCGCCCCCAGGGAGCCGCAGCAGCCGGAUCGCGACGUCAAACCCAACCGGGACCUGAAGCUGCAGGGGGGCCUGGACCUGCGCCGCAGGAGACGGGACCUGCUGCCCCCCGACCAGGAGGAGGACGGGGAGGAGGAUCUGGAGGAGGAGGCAGCUGUAGCAGGAGCUGGGGGGGUCCUGAUCGGCCUGAACCCCCUUCCCGAUGUGAAGGUGAACGACCUGCGCAGCGUGCUGGAGACACGGCUGAGCCGGGUGGCCGAGGGCGCGCAGCACCUGGUGCGCAGCCGCCACAUCCAGCAGGUGACACAGGACAGGAGCCCGUGACGGGGCCGUGGCCAUGCUCUGCGGGGAAGGCUCGGCCUCGCCGGGCGUGGAGAGAUCUAAGCCACUUUGCUGGAUGCAGUGCUCGGGUCCACAGGAUCUCCGUGCAUCCCUGAGCACCACCCUGGGGGCUUCCAGCAGCACCCCCAGCGUGUGCCUGCGGGUGGCCAAGGAGAUGGCGACACUGGAAGGGACAUUCCUGCUGUCCCCUGCCUUCCAGAGCUGCCAUCCGCCUCGGCUCCCUGCCAGGCCGCUGCUCCAAGGACCUUUUCCAGCAUCUCAUUCACAUCAGAUUGCCUUCUCCAACCAUCUCCCAGCUCCUCUCAGAACCAGGAAGGGGCUCCAUGGCCCCGGCUGUGCCGAGGGGACCUGGGAUCCGCACCUCGGGAAGGGCUUUACCCCAGAGAAGCCGUGAGCUGAGGACCAGCAGAGCCAGUGCUCCAGUGCUGGAUUGGGAGCAGAGCCUCAUUUGUUUGGGACACAGUGGUGGUUUAGGAACCUCAUUUAGUAGAAACGCUGCCUUAACUGGGCACAACUCCUGUUGUGCUGCCUCUCUCCCAGGGAUGGGAUUGCUUGGCCACACACUGGGAUCACACGGAGCUCUGCCCCCGCUACCCUCCCUGGGUGCUCCUCUCCAUGCCCUCCAGCUCCACUUCCCCUCUCAAAAGUGCGUUAAGAAGCUCAACUUCCCCCCAACCCUUCCCAAUCCAGCUUGAUUCUUCUGCCAGAGGUGAGUAGUUUGGGAGAAAGCAUAGCAGAGCCAGGUGGAGCCAGGGGCUCCACCUACCUCUUCCUGCGUUCCAUGUGCUCUUCCCAGCCUGCCCAAGCCCUGUUCUGCAUCCAGACAGGUCCCCACUCCACCUCUGGGAAUUUGUUUGGUGAGUGAGGAAGGGAAGACCUUCCCCAAGAGCUCUGUGCUGUUUCAGGCUCCCAGUGAUUCAUCCCCUGGGUUUUUUUUGGGUUUUGUGUUUUUACAUCCAGACCUGCGAAUGUACAGAAUUCAAUCCCAAAGUUCUCCCUACACCGGCUGAGAAUUCCCAGCCUGGAGCCCUCAGACCUCAUCACUGUGGUGGGUUUUAUAUCCUGACCUCCAAAUGUCUUUGGCGACCUCGAGUCUGUGUCCAGUGGGACCCUGCAGAGCUGGGACGGGGCGGGACUGUCGCUGCCUGGUGCUCCCGGGGUGUCACAACCCAGAGCGACAGGGAAGCGACCUCGGGAGUCCUUUGGGAAGACUGCCCGGAACACUGUGGCCUUAAACCCCCUGAACCCAACGAGCUUCUCCAUUAAUGCUGUCGUCAAGCACAAGCACGGAGCCCCAGAGCCGCUCCGAGAGGCAGGGAUGGGCUCUGGAGCACGGCUCCGGGGCUGCCCCGGGGAGAGGGAUUCGGGCUGCGGCACCCAGCAGCCUUGCCGAGGUGGCAGGGAGCCGGCUCGGCUCUUCGUGCCCUGUGCUGCCGGCCCCGCGGGGCACAGCCGCCUGUUUGCUGUUCUCUGUGUGAACGGAAGGGACCAAAGAUGCUCCUGACAUUCCUGCUCCUGGGAAUGGCCUGGGCACCCCGAGCUGGGCUGGAAGCUGCCGGGAGCCGCCUUGUCCCGCCGGGAACGGCUCCCCCGGGGCGGGUGGAACGCUGGCACGGAGAGCCCGGAGCGCGGCUGAGCCCAUCAAUAAAAUAAGCUGAAGCAUUCUGAUCUGAA